ACCGAAAGAGAGAGCGAUUGAGUGUACUGCGUUCGUAAGAUUAGACAGUGGGAGGGGUAGUUUUGAAUAAACAAAGCUCACACCCCUGGGAAAUACACUCAACAUUUUCAGUUUGGCUGCGUGAAGCCGGUGACAAGAAAGGCUACGGCAAACUGCAGAUGACAGCUGAUCUUUAGUCUACUUGCGAGAUGUACGGUAGCCUACCGUGUGUAACGUAUGUAACUAUUCUAAACUAGUUUUCAUGUGUUGGUUAUAUCGGUAACCGCAGUUGUCUUGGCCAGCAUGGACAGUGAAGCAAGGGCGAAUGGGGAGGACAUCACUCUCAACAAACUAGACGACAUAGAAGCGAACCACGACCAUCUUGACCCCUCUGGAAAGGUGUACCGAAAGAUUAACAUGAAUCACUAUGCCACUAGGAAGAGUGUAGCUCAGAGUAUGCUUGAUGUGGCUCUACUCAUGGCUAACUCAUCCCAGCUAAAGACUGUUCUAUACAUGGAGUCACAGUACAGAUUCUACAAACCUCUCAUAGUACUGCUGUCCAUGUCUAUUACGCUACAGGUUGUCGUGGGACUACUGCUGGUCUUUAUAGUGAAGUAUGAUCUGAAUGAUGUGAGGAAACACUCAAAGCUGAACAUGAUGAACAACACAGCAACAGUAUUUGUUUUCUUCACAGUCAUCAUCAACAUCUUCAUCACUGCGCUAGGCUUUGAGGGUGCUGUGAUAGGACUUCCAGAACCCCAAUCCUUCCUUCUGACCACUGAACAGAACCAGACCGGAGGCCUCUAGACCACAACCUCAAAUCAUCCUCAGACAACUUGCAGGUUGUAGAACACAAGCUUAGCACAAGCUGGCCUCAAUUUAACCAGAGGCUUGUACAACCUGAACACAACGUCAGCAGAAAUCUGGAACCUAACCCCAACCUACAGUACUGUCAAUUAUCUCUACAGUGACAGGGCAGUGCAGGUGCCAGAGGUCUGCACACUCAAAAAGUUCUACAGCUACACCAUCGAGAGCAUCCUGACCGGUUGCAGCCCCGCCUGGUAUGGCAACUGCUCAGCAUCUGACCGUAAGGUGCUACAGAGGGUAGUGCGUACGGCCCAGUACAUCACUGGGGCCAAGCUUCCUGCCAUCCAGGACCUAUAUACUAGGCGGUGUCAGCGGAAGUCCCAAAAAAUUGUCAAAGACUCCAGUCACCCAAUUCAUAGACUGUUUUAUCCCCCCCCCUUUGUUUAUACACGGCUGCUACUCGCUGUUUAUUAACUAUGCAUAGUCACAUUACCCCUACCUACAUGUACAAAUUAUCUUGACUAAUCUGAACCCCCGCACAUUGACUCGGUACUGGUAUGCCCUGUAUAUAGCCUCCUUAUUGUUAUUUUAUUGUGUUACAUUUUAGUUUUUGUAUCCUGUAAAUAGGCCUUUAUAAAUGUGUUGUUGUUCAGUUGUUUGGGACUCAACAGAACACAACUGCUGUUACCAAAUAAACAACUCUGUGAAUAAACAGCAGGAAUUUCUGGACUGAA